AUGAUACCCCCAAUUACUUUUCCCUACUACCAUGAAAUCUCCGAUCGAUAUGGACUUGUCUUCCCAGACAGCACGCCCUCAAACGGUCUCCAUGACAAUUUCAUCAAUCCACUACUCAAGGACUGGCACACAGACAAUGUCACUGUUCUCUGGUUGAUUUUGAGGGGAAUGGACACCCCAUCCCUCAAGUCCCACGACGAUAUUGAAGCCUUCCAGAUGGAUAGCGAACGGAUCUGCCUUCGCAUCUUUAACAACUACUAUGAGCUGUUUCCAACCUCAGAGAGCCUUGUAAAGGCGCAGACCCCACAUUCCAAUGGAUCCCGAUUCCAAUCCCUCAAGCUGUUAUCUCAAAUGAAACUGGACCGACAGAAUCCCUGCAGCGUGGUCAAAUACACAGCCCAGCUCGAGUCGUCCGCAAUGUACUCCAGGGUACUCAAGUUGUUGCUCAAAGACAAAACUUGCGAUUUUACCAUCACAUCCACCACGCCCACGUGCUCCGACUCCGGCUCCGACUCCGACUCCGACUCCGACUCCUUCCCCGUGCACUCGUUCUUACUCACCAACCUCUGGCCCUUUUUCAAAGCAGUCUCGUCUGCGGAGAUGGUUGAAAAGGAGACCCAAACACUCCAUCUACCGUUUCCGAAGGACUGUGUGGAAAUUCUCGUCGCCUUCUUUUACGGAAAUAACGUCCAAAAUACCUCCUGGAGCUUAUCGCUGUCUCUGUCUCUGCUGGAAAUGUCUGCGCUCUACGACAUUCCGGAGCUGAAAAAUAUUGCCAUAGAGUCAAUUGUCAGCAGUGCUGAACCGUUGUCUCUCUCUGUCGCUCUCAAAGCGUGGAAAGUGGCCAACGAAAGUGACGCUCCUGAAGUGGAGGCGUUUCUAGGGCCGUAUCUGAAAAGACACGUCUCCGAAAUUGAAGCCUCGGAGGAAUCAGAGGAGUUUUCCGAAUCACAACUGCUGCAAUUACUCCUGCAGAUUGUCAGGUUGUAG